UCAAAAAAAAAAUAUUUGAAAAGAAAAAAAACCAACUACUAAAAUUAUUUUCAUUAACACAGUAGAGAAUUUUUUCUAUAUCAUUUGCUGCUUUUUUCAAUUUAAAGAAAACAAAAAACGUUUAUCUUGACAAAAAAUCUUACUUUGCUUUGUGUGCUGCAAACCGUUUAAAAGAAAAAGUGCUUGGAAAAUUCCUUAACCAAAGGAGAAACUGCUUUGAAUAGAAAACAAAACGUAUAGAAAUUUUCUUUCGCGAGCGUAGUUGCUAAAGAAAAAAACAAUAAUGAAAUAAUAUUAAGCGCCUAAACGGAUACUUCAAAAAUCCUAUUUUUGAAAUCCGUUAAAACGCACAAAACAAAUACAAAAUUUUAGCUGAAACCCCAAUGCCUGAAGCAUUAACAUUGCCCGGUAUGGCUGACGCAGAGCCAGAUUUGUCAACAUUUGAGAAUAAAACAGGACUGGCCGAGGACAUGAAGUUUCUGGCAUCUAUGCCAGAGCUUUGUGAUGUGACAUUCUUGGUGGGUGAUACCAGAGAGCCAGUAUGUGCCGUAAAGGCUGUUUUGGCAUCCCGUUCGCGUGUGUUUGCCAAAAUGCUCUAUUCCGCCCCAUCGCCGCAAAGAAAACGAGAAACCUCUACCAAAGAGAAUAAAUUAAGGCUGUUUCUGAAACGUUCUUCCGAGCCGCUGUUAAAUUUGCAGAAUGCCGCCCAGCAGAGAAGUGGUUUUACCCAACAAUUAUCCCCAAUACCCGAGCCUGCUGGUCAACAACAUCAAACCUUGAUUAUAGAGGAAUUUGAACCGGAUGUCUUUCGACAGCUCAUCGAAUACAUACACACCGGCUGUGUCACUCUGCAGCCACGUACUUUACUGGGUGUCAUGAAUGCUGCUGAUUAUUAUGGCCUUGAAGAGUUGCGGCGAGCCUGUGCCGGUUUUGUCCAGUGUUGCAUUAAUGUGGAUACUGUUUGCGCUUUGCUCUCCUCGGCCGAACGUUAUAUACAAUACAAGUGCACCAAGAGUCUGGUGCAAAAGGUUUUGGAAUUUGUAGAUGAGCACGGUAAUGAUGUCCUGAAUUUGGGUAGCUUCACUUUGCUGCCUCAGCAUGUGGUGCGUCUGAUAUUGGCACGCGAGGAGUUAAGAGCCGAUGAGUUUACCAAGUUCCAGGCGGCUUUAAUGUGGAGCAAAAAGUAUAAUGACAACAAUCCGAAUAUUGACAUGAAGGAGAUCUUGGGCAAUUUCUUGGAAUACAUUCAAUUUCAUAAAAUCCCCGCCAAUGUUUUGAUGCGUGAGAUACACCCCUUGGGUUUGGUGCCCUAUUCCAUCAUCAUGAAUGCCCUGGCCUACCAGGCAGACCCAGAAAGUAUCGACCCCGGAAAAUUGUCUCCCAACUCUAGUCGAGUGAGGCGUGCUCGACAAAAUCAAGGCAGAUCGAUGUCCGUGCAGAGUUCACUUGAUCCCUAUGGUUCGAAUACAACUUUGAGCUCCAGCGGCAGCAGCGAUCCCACCAGUGGCCCCCACAAUACCAACUAACAUAAGUUGAACGGCCCCUCCUCCUCCUCCCAUCACAUAUCCGGACGUCACAAGCAUAACCAAUCCUUACCCAAAAUACGCAAAGCCAAAUCACAAA